AUGGCCAUGGGAACACCUGGAACACCAAGACAAUCUAAGUUUCCUGACAAGAGAGCUACUCCAGAUCAAGGAUCCCUAGAAAAGCAGUCUAGACAACAAACAGUAAUUAGAAAGCCAUCAACAAGAUCAUUGUUUUUAACUCCAUCAAAAAAAGCCUCGAGCUCAUUCACAGAGGAUCUCGCUGUUCCAUUUUCACCUGGGCCUCAAAGUAGUAACCAACAAAAGAGAAUCAAAUCUUCAUCACUUUCGGUUAAGAAAACCCUGAAACAUACAGUGUCAUUUCGAUCUUCAAAACUCUGUGAACAGAUGCUUCCAAUUGUAAAAUCAUUAGCAAAUGGAAGCUUCAAAAAGGCUUUAUCAUUACUUGUAAAUUCUUCAGACCAUGCAACCAAAGAAAAUGCAAAGAAGGCAGUUAAGAAGUUAAUUGAACAGGAAUGCUGUGUCUUUUCAAAACAAACAAAUGAAUUUGAAGUACAUUUACAGAAACGGGAAACUAGAGAUUUGGAAAACUUCAACAUGAAAGAAAUUCAAAAGGAUUUUGAAAGUCAUGCACCCAUGUUAUGGGCAUGUGCAACCCAAGCAGCAACCUCUGGUUAUAGCAAGACAUUCGAUCAGGUUAAGGUUUGUGCAGCUUUGUGUGUUCUUUUGCAGGGACGUUCAAAAAUGCUUAACUCUCUUCAACAUGUUGUUGCCAUAACAAUGUACAACAACCAAUUACAGAAAGAUGGCUUUUCGGUGCUUGCAAAGCUGGGUUUUUCUGUAACCCAUACAACCUUGAAUGAAAAGUUGAACACAGCGAAAAAACUAAAUGAGCAAGUAAUGAAAACCUAUCAGAGGAGGUUAGCAGACACUAUUGCUGCUAAAAGUAUUGUGGAUAGGGUGAGCACUGAACACUCUGAUGCAGGAGGAUUAGAUCAACCCUCAGUCAUAGAUGAACAUUCCUAUUCAACCAUCUACCAUUCAGAAUUUCAACAACAUGGUGAACCCCUAGGCUACAGAUUUAACCUCGACAACCUGGACUUUCAUAUAAAAGUCAGGGAAAUGACACAGGAACAUCAAAAUGUGUCGAGGCAUUUUACUCAAAUCAUGUCUGUUGUAGAUAGAGUGAGCUGUGAGGGUUUCACAGAUGAGCCUGUCGGAAAUUUGAUGGAGGUUGAAAACAGCGAAUUUCUUCCUACUGCUGAGGACAAUUACACUCUUAGAAAAGACAUGAUACAGGUUGUAUCCAACAUUCUGAUCGAACAUCUGUCAUCCUUCAAAAUCUUUGAAAAUAUUUGUCCUAAACAAUUCCAACAUGCUUAUUCAGCAGAAAUGUCGAAGAAAUCUAUUGUGAAUCAGCAGUGUUUUGUUGGGAUACUUCUUGCAUUCAAUUAG